CAGCUGUGCAGAAAACAGACACAAACCUACAACUGAGAUAACAGCAGACCUUACAACAGUAGAAGUUACAGCAGUAGAAGUUACAACAGUAGAAGAUACAGCAGUAGAAGUUACAGCAGUAGAAGUUACAACAGUAGAAGUUACAGCAGUAGAAGUUACAGCAGUAGAAGUUACAGCAGUAGAAGUUACAGCAGUAGAAGUUAGAUGAACAGAAGUUACAACAGUCUACUGUUACUGCAUUUGAGCACAAGCGUAUAAAGAUGUCAAAGGGAAUCUAUGAAUACACAAAUGGAUUUGAAGACGAAGAACCCAAUGAAAUAAAGACCAUUGAUAUUGAUGAUCAUAUUUACAACAACAAAAGACCCAUCAUGCCCUGCAAGAAGGAUGGAGUUGGUGAUCAACAUUCAGUGUUUUGUCAGUGGUGGAAGAAAUACUCUGGAGCUGCUGCAGUGUGUCUUGGGCUGCUGUGUGUUCUCCUACUGGCUGGGAUCAUAGGCCUGUUACUCUACCAGAGAAACCAAUUGACCAGCUCCAACACCCUGACUAAAGAGUGGGAACAGCUACAGAUUAGCGGCAACAACCUGACUGUAGAGAGAGACCAGCUACAGACUGGCAACAACACCCUGAUUAAAGAGAGAGACCAGCUACAGACCAGCAGCAACAUCCUGACUGAAGAGAGAGACCUGCUACAGACUAGCAACAACACCCUGACCAAAGAGAGAGAUCAGCUACAGACCAGCAGCAACAAUCUGACUGAAGAGAGAGGCCUGCUACAGACUAGCAACAACACUCUGAUCAAAGAGAGAGACCAGCUUCAGACCAGUUACAACACCCUGACCAAAGAGAGAGACCAGCUACAGACCAGUCACAACACCCUGACCAAAGAGAGAGACCAGCUACAGACCAGUUACAACACCUUGACCAAAGAGAAAGACCAGCUACAGACCAGUUACAACACCCUGACCAAAGAGAGAGACCAGCUUCAGACCAAUUACAACACCUUGACCAAAGAGAAAGACCAGCUACAGACCAGCUACAACACCCUGACCAAAGAGAGAGACCAGCUACAGACUAGUUGCAACACCCUGACCAAAGAGAGAGACCAGCUACAGAAAGAGAUAGAACGUCUGAAACAAUCUUCAGUUGAGAAAGUGUGUCCUCAAGGAUGGAAGAAGCUUGGUAGCAGUUGUUACUACGUCUCUACUGAGUCCAAAUCCUGGGAGGAGAGCAGACAGGACUGCAGAAAUAGAGGAGCAGACCUGGUGGUCAUCAACAGCCAAGAACAACAGACAUUGGUCAAUUGGUUAUGUGGACGGAAGAACUAUGUCUGGAUUGGUCUGACUGACUCUGUUACUGAGGGGACCUGGAAAUGGGUGGACAACACACCACUUACCACAAAGUAUUGGAACAGUGGAGAGACUAAUGGUGGAAGAGCUGAGAACUGUGUGUAUUUCUACUCCAGGUCAUCAGACACAGGAGAAUGGUGGGACUAUGACUGUUCCUAUAAAUACAGAUGGAUCUGUGAGAAAUAGGAUUCAUCCUCGGUACUUUGAACUGCUAAAUAGGAUUAUGAUAAGUACUAUCAAUCGUAAACUAUUUUCUGCUCAUUCUAUUUACCUUGUCAAGUACAUACAAUAUAUAACAAUGCAAAUGAAUAAUACAUUAUAAUCAAACCAACAAAACAUAUGCAAUAACAAUACAAUGAAUUGAUAACAGAAUAACUGUUCUCUCUGUUGUUGUGGAAAUUCACCACUAAGGACUCAAAUUCAAAGGAAAUGAAUCAAUCUUUAUUAUCUCAGUCAUCGAGGUUCACUGACUCAACACAAGCCUGAUGUUCAUUUUUAUUAUUAUUACUUUUUAGUUUAGUCUACUUGCUAAAUAUUUUUCUUAACUCUUCUUGAACUGCACUGUUGGUUAAGGGCUUGUAAGUAAGCAUUUCACGGUAAAGUCUACACUUCUUGUAUUCGGAGCAUGUGACUAAUAAAGUUUGAUUUGAUUUGAGACCCUUUAAACUGCGACACAAACAAGUCAUAUAAGCACGGUUGGUUCCUGCAUGAGACUGACUGAUACCACACCAGGCUUCUUACCUUGAAACUGAGAUACUCCUUUUGGUUCCCAGAGCAAUGUUCUGGCUGUACUGGGAAAUUGCUUAUUCAGUGAUAGUGUGGAUUCCUCCCAUGUACAGUCAAUCAGUUACACACAUGAACCCAACAAAGUUGGUUAUUAGAGAAGCAGCAUUAUUCUAAACAUAUGAGUGGAUAAACACAGAGAAAAUGUCACACUGUAUUAUAUAAUAGUUGAUCAAACAUGGAGUCUAGAAGGACUGUUCUCUACUGUAUAAUAGUUGAUCUAACAUGGAGAUGUCAUAACGUUGGCUGACUCUCUAUCGUUCGUGUCUGUGGACAAUCAUUAAUGGGAACACUUAUGUUAUCAAAUCAAUUCUCUGUGUAAUUACUGCACAAUUAAACUAAUCAUGUAAACAGUAAUUAACUAGGAAGUCGGGGAACCAGGUGAAAAUGUUAUUUAAAGAGUUACAUUUUUGAAAAUUUUAACUCUCUUCAGAUAUUUUCAUAUCUUAUCGAUUACCUUCACAACUUAAUGUAUUAUUACCUCAUCAGUCAUAUUCUGAAUGUCGCAAACCCUUGGAUAUGUGUACGAAGCCUAGCAUAAAUGAUGAAUCAGG